GCUUCCACUUUGACCUCUGCAUAUACUCAGCUCAGACUUGGCAAGAUUAGUUAGAAAGUCCCACUUUCUUGAAACGUGUUAUAUAUAAGUUAAAUUAUUGUUAACGAAGUUUCUAAUUUACAUUCCUCAUAAGCAUAGAAAUCCUUGCUUAAAUUAGUUACGUUUACGAAUUACUUGUUUGACGAUCUCUCUUUAAAGCAUUUACAUAAUGAUUGAAACGAUUGCUACGAAGCCCUUCGAAGGCCAACGCCCUGGUACCUCCGGUCUGCGUAAAAAGGUGACCGUUUUCCAACAACCUGGCUAUUUGGAGAACUUUGUCCAAGCCAUCAUGGAUAUUGUGGAACCCUCCUCGAAAGGCUCUCAUUUGGUAUUGGGUGGUGAUGGUAGAUAUUUGAAUGACCAUGCCAUUCAAGUCAUCUGCUCUAUUGCUGCCGGAAACGGUGUAGAAAAGCUAGUAAUUGGUGUUAAUGGCUAUUUGUCCACUCCUGCCGCUAGUCAUGUCAUUCGCAAAUACAAGUUACACGGUGGUAUUAUUUUAACUGCCUCUCAUAAUGCCGGUGGUCCCAACAACGAUUUUGGUAUCAAAUACAACCUUGGCAAUGGUGCUCCUGCUCCCGAGGGAGUAACUGAAAAGAUGUAUUCGAUUACCAAAACUAUUUCAGAAUACAAGGCAGCUAAGAUUCCCCAAGUUGACUUGAGUACUGUUGGUGAACGCAAAUAUGGGCCCUUGACUGUGGAAAUUAUUGACCCUGUCAAAGAUUACGUGGAAUUUAUGAAGCAAAUUUUUGAUUUUGAUAUGAUUCGCAGCUUUAUUUCCAAGAACCCCGACUUUACAUUUGUGUUUGACGCACUCCACGGUGUAACUGGUCCUUAUGGAUUGGCAAUUUUCCACAGGGAGCUCGGCUUACCCGAAAGCUCUUGUGACAACUGCAAGCCUUUGCCUGAUUUUGGUGGUGGUCAUCCUGAUCCCAAUCUUACCUAUGCCAAAUCGUUGGUCGAACGCGUUAACCGCGAAAAGAUUGUUUUUGGCGCUGCGUCUGAUGGUGACGGUGAUCGUAACAUGAUUUAUGGAUACGAAUCGUUCGUUACCCCUAGUGAUAGUGUUGCGUUAAUCGCACACCACGCAGACUUAAUUCCCUAUUUCCGCGAGGGAGGUAUUCACGGUUAUGCCCGUUCGAUGCCAACAUCAGGAGCCAUUGAUUUGGUUGGUAAAUACAAGGGUAAAGACGUCUAUGAAGUACCUACCGGAUGGAAGUUCUUUUGCAAUUUGUUCGAUGCCAAACGUUUGUCUGUCUGUGGUGAAGAAUCCUUUGGUACAGGCAGUGACCACAUCCGUGAGAAGGAUGGUAUGUGGGGUAUUUUGAGUUGGUUGAACAUUUUAGCCGCUUUGAAUGCUCAAAACCCCAAGAUCAAGACCAUUAAGGAUGUUAUGAAAGAUUUCUACAGCAUCUAUGGACGAACUUUCUUCACGCGCUAUGAUUAUGAAGAAUUGGACAGCGAAGCUGCAGGCAAGGUAAUUCAAAAGUUCAGAGAUGUUGUAGAAGCCAAAGAUAUCGUUGGCAAGGAAGUCUUACCAGGUUUUGUUAUUGCUAAGGCAGGAGAUUUCGCCUACCGUGAUCCAGUUGACGGAAGUGUCAGUGAGCACCAAGGAUUGUAUGCAAAAUUUGAUAAUGGCAGUCGUAUUGUGACUCGCCUUUCAGGAACAGGAUCCAGUGGUGCUACUUUGCGAUUGUACAUUGAGAAGCAUGAAUCGGAUUCUAGAAAGUUUGAGUUGAAUGCACAAGAGGCCUUGAAGCCGGUGAUAGACGUGGCAUUGAACUUGUUGUCAUUAGAAGCAUUGACUGGACGAAAGGAGCCUACAGUAAUUACUUAAAGAGAAGGGAUAGAUUAAGCAUAAAUUAAUAUUUAUAUUACUUGAACAAAGAAUA